UAGCAGGAGCCUAAAAGAGACGUCACCGGAAGUUAGACUUUUUGGUAUAAAGUCAUUUCCGCCUCCUCUGACGGUCCUUUCCUGCCUACGGCCUUUUGGAAGAUGGCGGUGCAAAUCUCCAAGAAGAGGAAGUUCGUCUCAGAUGGUAUCUUCAAGGCCGAGCUGAACGAGUUCCUGACUCGCGAACUUGCUGAGGAUGGUUACUCUGGUGUGGAGGUGCGUGUGACCCCGACUAGGACUGAGAUCAUCAUCCUGGCAACAAGGACCCAGAAUGUUCUGGGAGAGAAGGGCCGCCGGAUCAGAGAGCUGACUGCUGUGGUCCAGAAGAGGUUUGGCUUCCCUGAGGGCAGUGUGGAGCUGUAUGCUGAGAAGGUUGCCACCCGUGGUCUUUGUGCCAUUGCUCAGGCAGAGUCUCUGCGCUACAAGCUGCUUGGAGGCCUGGCUGUUCGUAGGGCUUGUUAUGGUGUUCUGAGGUUCAUCAUGGAGAGUGGUGCCAAGGGCUGCGAGGUGGUGGUGUCUGGCAAGCUGAGGGGUCAGAGGGCCAAGUCCAUGAAGUUUGUGGAUGGCCUGAUGAUCCACAGUGGAGACCCAGUCAACUACUACGUCGACACAGCAGUCCGCCACGUUCUGCUAAGACAGGGUGUGUUGGGCAUCAAGGUCAAGAUCAUGCUGCCCUGGGACCCCAGUGGUAAGAUCGGCCCCAAGAAGCCCCUGCCUGACCAUGUCAGCAUUGUGGAGCCCAAGGAGGAGAGCCUGCCCACCACACCAAUAUCUGAGCAGAAGGGGGCCAAGCCAGAGGUGCCCGUCAUGCCCCAGGGUGCACCUGCGCCCACUGCAUAAGAGGGUUUUCAACCGUUCCAGCAGAUGGAAGAAUCACCCUGUGAUUUUUGUGUACAAAAACAAUAAAAUCUGGAAAAUACA